AUGAAAAUUAACAUGUUGACUUACAAAGAAAACGUUCAAGAUAUCUGUAGCCACUUGCUUGGAGAUGUAAAGAAAAAAGUGCCGUUUUGUUGGGAAAACCGUAAGUCUAAUCUUAUGUGGAAGAAGGGUGAUUACAGUGAGAGUGAUGGUGGUGAUACGAGGAUGUAUUUGAAGAAGCUAGUAGAAGCUGAGAAUGAUCAAGAAUUUAUCUAA